AUGAAUCCUUCGUACGCGAACGACUUGGCACUGAAGUUAGAGAACACACUAUCUCCAGUACUAGAAGAAAGACGAAAAGCGGAAAAUUUUCUCAAGAGUGUUGAAAAACAGCCGGGAUAUUCUGUCUGCCUGCUGUCCAUUUUGCAGGAUGCAGCUCGGCCUAUGCCAAUAAGGCUUUCGGCAGCAAUUACGUUAAAGAAUUUUAUCAAAAACCAUUGGAAACUUGAGGCAGAUGCUGACAACCUCAUCCCAGAUGCAGAUCGAGACCAUUUGAAAGCGCAGCUCAUAAACGCAAUGCUUACAAGCACAGGAUCCAUUCAGCAUCAGUUAUCCGAAGCCAUUGGUCUUAUUGGAAGGGAGGACUUUCCAAGCCGCUGGCCCGAUCUUUUGCCCGACAUAAUUCAGCGAAUGGCACAACUAGGCGCAGACAUGGGCACGGUACAAGGUCUCCUGUACACUGCCCAUUCUCUUUUCAAGAGGUUUGUCUUCUGGCUUAUCAUGAAACUUCACCCAUUGGAUUUAGAAUAUAAGCAUACCUCUCUUUCUUCCGUAUUGCUUUGUGAACUUUUUAGGUCAUAUCGCCACGAGAUGCGGUCAAACGAACUGUUCUCGGAAAUGAAGUUGGUCAUCCAACAAUUUGCUGAGCCGCUUACCACGCUGGCGACUGUAUGA